UAACGAAGCCAAUAAGUCACUAGUUUCCCUCUACGAUGGGAAAGCCGUCCAUCGCCUAAACUCUUGUUACACAACAGAGUGACGUAAAUAGGAGAAGAAACGUUUAAAACCAACUCCAAAGGUGGCGGCACUCCCUAGCGAAGAAAGCCCAAGUAAACAUAGUGUCAGUCGUUCGUUGGAUCUACCUGUGUUUAUAACUUAUAGCCAUUGUCGCCAUGGGCUAUAACGGAUUAUGCACAACUCUGGAGGAUAGCUUCAAACGCAGCACUCUGGAUAUGGAAAUUUUUAUUCGAAAGGCCAUGGCAAAGGACAGAGAAAACAUCCAUACCUAUAGAGACCAGGUUACUCAAAAGCUGGACUAUGUGUGGAGAGAUGAAAAAUUUUGAUAAGUGGAACAACUCAAAGAGCAGCUGCACCUUUGGCAGAAAACGCCGGAGGUCUGGGUCCGGGAAAUCCAUGGCAGUCAACAAAGGUAGAUUGGAGAGAAAGGAUCUUCGCAACAGUAAAGAACGCAGAAGUUUCGACAUUCACGAAAGCCAUGGCAAUAUCAAAUUCAUGGCCAAAACUCUUCACCUGGGUCGAUUACCUUCUUUUUGCUUUGACUCUGCUAGUGUCCUCGUUAGUUGGGAUUUAUCACGCUUGGCGAGGCUCUAGCGGUUCGACUUCUGACUACCUAAUGGGUGGAAAGAAGAUGCCCAUUUUACCUGUCGCUUUGUCUCUUGCCGCCAGUUCCUUUUCAGCGACUACACUUCUCGGUGGCCCAACUGACGUGUAUAUGAAUGGCACAAUGUACUUGUGGUUUAUUUUCUCCGUGGCUUUAUGCACGCCGAUUGCCAGUUACGUUUACUUACCUGUUUUUCAUCGACUGCAAAUUGUAUCAGCAAAUCAGUAUUUAGAGAUACGCUUUAAUCGUUUCGUCCGACGCAUCGCCUCAAUUCUUUUCAUAGUAAAGCAGCUAUUGUAUCUUUCAAUUGUGGCUUAUGGACCUUCGUUAGCUCUCAGCCAAGUCACUGGAAUCAAUGCACUGAUAUCUGUCAGCAUUCUAUUCGCCGUCUGCACCUUUUAUACAGCAAUCGGUGGAAUUAAAGCCGUUGUCUGGACAGAUACUCUACAAAUUGUAUUGAUCUUCGGCUCAAUUAUAACCUUAAUAAUUAAAGGAGUGACAGAUGUCGAUGGCCUAGGAAUCGUUUGGGAGCGUAAUUAUAAUUCCUCCCGUAUCGAAAUUUUUAACAUUGACACGGAUCCUACGACUCCGCAUACGGUGUGGUCUUUUUCGAUUGGAGGCGUAUUUUACUGGCUGAGUUGGUAUGCAGUGGAUCAAACUGUUGUCCAACGUUCACUUGCCAUGCCAACAUUACGAACUGCGCAAAUAUCAAUGUGGAUUAACAUGGCCUUCGUAUGCGGAAUAAUCUUCCUCUGCGGUAUCGUCGGGCUCGUCAUGUACGCCCAUUAUUUCGACUGUGAUCCGUUAACUUCUGAGAUUAUUGAUAAAGCAGACCAAAUACUUCCAUUUUACGUCAUGGAUGUGCUUGGUGAUUAUCCGGGACUUCCAGGGCUCUUCGUUGCCGGCGUCUUAAGCGGUGCGCUAAGCACGAUAUCAAGCGUCCUGAAUGCGGUGGCACUUGUCGUUUACGAAGAUUUCGUACGGCCUUUCUUCCCAAACUUACGUGAUCAAAAGGCCACUCGACUUGUUAAAGGAGUGUCCCUACUAUUUAGCGGCCUCAGCUUUAGCAUGGUUUUCCUGGUAGCUCAAGUGAAGACCAUUUUAGACGCAACAGUGAGUUUCGAUGGCGCCGUAGCUGGAUCGAUAUUGGGCGUGUUUACUCUUGGCAUUUUUGUUCCGUGUGCCAAUUCCAUCGGAGCUGGAGUAGGCAUGUUAACCACCUUUGGAUUGAUGAUAUGGCUCUUGCUAAGCACGCAGAUUGCGAAAUCCAGUGGAAUUGUCCAAAACAGUCAAGUGAAACCUUUCAGCGUUGAUAAUUGUCUUGCCUUUAACGGAACGUCAUCUUCCUUACACCUGAAUUCUACGUUUUCUGACGAGCCGGAAGAACCCUUUAUUUUGCUAAGGAUUUCCUAUUUGUGGUACACGUUCAUUGGUGUGAUCAUCGUCAUUACGAUUGGAACAUUAGUCAGCCUAUUGGUUAAAGCAUUCAAUUGUGUAACAAGUCCUGUGCAAAUGUCUACUGAACAGCUCAAUGAUGAUGCCGUUUGUCCAAAAAAUACUUCCAACGAUCGCGUGCACGUCAAUGAAGUGUUUGCAUUAAACGAACUGCCUCAGUAGAGUGAAUGUGUUCACAAUAAAACCAGAAAUUGCUUUCACUUUAUAGGGCCGGUUUGUAGCUCAUUUGUAAAUACAUCAUUUCUACAAACUUGCGAAAUUGAAACGCAAAGCGCAAAAUAAAAAAAAGUAAGAGAAGCUAAAACAUUC